AUGCUGGGCAUUAACGCGCAACGCGCCCGGUACCUGGAAAACGCCCUGGAGGUGUACACGAAGCUGAACACUGGCAACCUUCCUAUCGACACCUUCCUUCGGUACUACUUCCGCGUCAACCGGGUGGCUUCGGGGAGCAGGGCGUGGAUCGCCGAGCAUGUCUACGAGGUGCAGCGAUGGAAGGGGCUCAUCGCGCACCUGAGUCCGAAGCCGGUCACCUGGACGGGCAUGCUGAACACCUACCUCCUCCACCAGAGGUGGCGGUACAUGACCGGGCACAAGGGGCUGCCGCCGCACCUGCGCUGCUCGUUCCCUGAGCCGCUGUUCGAGCGGAUAGAGCGCCAGUACGGCGUAGACAAGGCUCUGGAGAUAUGCCAAAUACUCAACGAGGAGCCAGUGACCUAUCUCCGUGUCAAUACGCUCCGGUCGUCGCGGGACAAGGCGUACAAGUCCCUGCUGCACAAGGGGGUGCCGGUCGAGAAGUGCGCGGACAGUCCGUGUGGACUGCUGCUUAGUAACAAGAAGACAUUGCUAGAGUCGCCAGAGUACCACAAGGGCCUCGUGGAGAUACAGGACCUGUCAAGCCAGAUAUGCGGGCUGAAGGUGGAAGCGCAGCCUGGUGAGCACGUGCUGGACUACUGCGCCGGAUCAGGUGGGAAGGCGCUGAUAUUCGGCCCUCAGAUGGAGAACAAGGGCCGUAUAUACCUCCACGACGUUAACGAGAACCUGCUGCUCAAGGCCAAAAGGCGAUUAAAACGAGCUGGCAUCCGCAACUACUUCAUAAUGGACCCAAACAUCGCAAAUACGCGGCAGUACUACGGGAAGAUGGACUGCGUAGUCGCCGAUGUGCCCUGCAGUGGCGUAGGGGCUUUCCGGAGAAACCCCGAUCGCAAGUGGACCUUCACCGUCGAGCAGGUCACCGAGUACACGGCGUUGCAACGUUCCAUAGUCGACAACGCCCUGCUGUUCCUCAAGCCCGGAGGGAGGCUGGUAUACAUCACCUGUAGCAUAUUUGAGGAGGAGAAUGAGCUGCAGGUGAAUUACUUCUGCAAGAGACACGGGUUGGUGCACGCCCAGCCCGUCACGCUGCAGCUGCCAGAAUCACGGGGCAUGAAUGGAUACUUCCUCGCCGUUCUGCAGCGCGAGAAAACAUAA